AUGCAAGACAUCCUCAUCGUCCACGACAACGCCUCCAUUCGGAGCGGUGCCUCCUUCUCAACUGCCUGCCAUUCAGUACUGCCACCUAUACAGCCACUUCGUCGACGGAACACAGUGACAACCCUCAGGCGAUGGGUCUCGAAGAGAAUGUUACGCCCAUCUUUGGACGGCACUGGUGGCCACGAUCUCAGCGAAAAGAAUCUCAUGUCUCUGGACUUGACAACGAGAAUGAGAACAGCAAAUGAUGACACCUCGACCAGUGAUCAACUUAGCUUUGAAAAGAUGGAUCAAAGAGGCAAGUACCCGGAGAGGAUCGGGCCAGUUCAAGAGAGCACACCAACACUGCCAAACCAUGGCCCGCAGGACGAGAGAGAUCAAAACCUCCUCCAAGAGUAUGAUGCUUUUUGUCACCAGUUCACUCUGUCCGGUGCACCGCAUGCGAAGAGAGUAUUUGAUAUGUCCAUGGGAAUGGAAGGAAGGGAAGAGAAAAUUGUUGCCUCAACCUCGCACCUUUUCCUCGACUCGCACUUGGCUGAAGAAUCUCGACCAGUACAUGGUUUGAAUGAAACCCACGCAAACACAGAAACGCCGCUAUCAAAACAGAGGCCACUAGACAUGAUGAGACAGUCUAAUUACAGGUACCCUGAAUCAUCAUCAAUUGUCAGUGCUUAUGGCGGAUUGGAUACCACUGCACAAGAUGCCAAUGUACGAAUACCUUCUAUUUCUUACCCACGACCGCCGUCUCAAGUUGUGACACCGACUGUUUAUAUGGAGAUGCAGCGUACAGCAAGAGAACGCAAAUUAGCAAGGCAGAAGAGCCUCUGGCAGCCGCUCCGGUCGCUGUUUUCUACUGAGCCGUCGCCAAAACAUUGUUCUUAA